AUGUGCAGCGGCGGCAAUUGCGGCGGCAAGUGUUUGCCGUUUGGACCGUUGCUGGAAGGGACGGAAAGGAGUCGCGAAGGGAGGAAGAAAAACGACGAGGAAGAGGAGGAAGAAAAGAGGGAAAAGAGGGAAAAGAGCGAGGAAGAAGAGGAAGACGAAGAAGACGAAGAAGACAAAGAGAUGAGCGAUCUGGUCGACGAGAAGCAUGUGAAGGCGUUGAACGUAAAGUGCGUGUGUUGCAAGAAGCCGAUUAAGGGAUCAAGUUAUCGUUUCCCGAAGAGAGAAGGAGACGUCAGGAGCGGGAAAGCGUGCUGUCGAGGAUGCCAAACGAAAGCGUUGAACUUAAAGUGCGCGGGUUGCGAGAAGCCGAUUAAAGGACAAAGAUGUAUUUUCCCGACGAGAGAUGACGACGCCAGGAGCGGGAAAGCGUGCUGUCGAGGAUGCCGAACGAAGGCGUUGAACGAAAAGUGCGUGUGUUGCAAGAAGCCGAUUAAGGGACCAAGUUAUCGUUUCCCGAAGAGAGAAGGAGACGACAGGAGCGGGAAAGCGUGUUGUCGAGGAUGCCGAACGAAAGCGUUGAACUUAAAGUGCGCGGGUUGCGAUAAGCCGAUUAAAGGACAAAAGUAUGUGAUUCCGAAGAGAGAAGGAGACGUCAGGAGCGGGAAAGCGUGCUGUCUAGGAUGCCGAACGAAAGCGUUGAACUUAAAGUGCGCGGGUUGCGAUGAGCUGAUUAAAGGACAAAAGUAUGUGUUCCCGAAAAUCGAUGGAGACGUCAGGAGCGGGAAAGCGUGUUGUCAAGGAUGCCGAACGAAAGCGUUGAACUUAAAGUGCGCGGGUUGCGAUAAGCCGAUUAAAGGAAAAAAGUAUGUGUUCCCGAAGAGAGAAGGAGACGUCAGGAGCGGGAAAGCGUGCUGUCUAGGAUGCCGAACGAAAGCGUUGAACUUAAAGUGCGCGGGUUGCGAUGAGCUGAUUAAAGGACAAAAGUAUGUGUUCCCGAAAAUCGAUGGAGACGUCAGGAGCGGGAAAGCGUGUUGUCAAGGAUGCCGAACGAAAGCGUUGAACUUAAAGUGCGCGGGUUGCGAUAAGCCGAUUAAAGGAAAAAAGUAUGUGUUCCCGAAGAGAGAAGGAGACGUCAGGAGCGGGAAAGCGUGCUGUCGAGGAUGCCGAACGAAGGCUAUCGAGAAGAAGAAUUUCGAGGAAAGCAACUUCUGCGAGAACUGCGACGCAAGAGGCACAAAACGCGGCGCGAUAUCCGCACAAACAGAUCCGGUCUUUGGCGACAAGUGGUGGAAAUGCGAGUCGUGCAAGAAAAAGGUGGCCCAUCGCAGAUGGUACAUCGCGAAGCGAAAAAAGCAGGGCAAACCGGAACCGAGAUCAUAUAAGAAAAGAAAGUUUUGA